GAGAGAUUUCUUGCGGUCACAUUACUCACAUGUGGCUCUGCUGCUGUCCUGUUUCGCCAUUUUUAUUUGUCGCUCCCCUUGCAUCCCAAGUCUUGUUCCCUCUUUCUUUCCUUCCUCCCUCCUUCCUUCUUCAUCCUUCGACGCAUCAGGCCGAGCUUCCAGCAACCCGUCAUCUCCUCUUGGACUCAUCGCCCUGAUCUUCGUCGGCUCUCCUCGUAAUAACACAUCACCAAUACACUUUACAACGGUCGAGCCAUAACGGUCCUCGAUUCGACAACGCCACAUACUAAUCGAAGCCAGCUAAUCGGGUUUCCCUCGUGAGCACCUGAGAACCGCGAAACGACCAACGAAACGACGAUACCAUCCCCCUUCGCGUUUCUCAACCACCCUCAACACACACAACACACAACAUAGCCGCAAUGGCCGCCAUUAGCAAGGUCCUCGUCGCCCGCGACGCCGCUGCCCAGCUGCUGAAGCGCGAGGAGGAGAACUGGGCCAAGCAGGAGGUCGGCGUCGUGCUCGUGUUCGCCAUCGUCGGCGCCGUCGCCAUCCUGCUCAUCAGCAUCUUCAUCCACAAGAAGCUGCAGGCCCGGAAAGCCGCCAAGGCCUAAGAGGGGAGUGCCUAUUUGGGGAAGGGAUAGACGCACAUGCAACCUCCCUCAACCAUUGAACUGUGGAGGGCUUGCAUGGUGCGGCGUCUUUGCGAGAUACCCUGAUGGGGAGUCCCUACGGGUGGAGAGAUACCCCCCUACAUACUACUGGAUACAUACAUCCCAUAUUCUAAUUUUCAUUGAUAUCCCUUCAUUCAACACGGCCUUGCCGUCCCAC